CAACACUUGCCGCGACUGCGCUUUUGCGUGCGCAUGUCUGACGAGAUAUUGUAAUCUUUAUUUUCAUUCCUAGUAUUGAUUUCCUCGACCCUCGUUACUCCGGUUUCGUCGCUGUCGAAGUCCGUUCGUACACGGAUGCGGCGGAGAUCCGUCGUGGAAUUUUAUUUUUUUGUAGUGCAGUGUUGAACGAAAUCCACCAAGAUGGGUUCGUUGUUCCGCAGCGAGGAAAUGACUUUAUGUCAGCUUUUCCUGCAAAGUGAAGCGGCAUAUGCAUGCGUGUCUGAGCUUGGAGAAUUAGGACUUGUCCAAUUUCGCGAUUUGAACCCAGACGUCAAUGCGUUCCAACGUAAAUUCGUCAAUGAGGUGCGGAGGUGCGAUGAGAUGGAACGCAAGCUUCGGUACCUCGAGAAGGAGAUUCGCCGUGAUGGCAUCCCCAUGUUGGAGAUACCUGGUGAAUGUCCGGAGGCACCGCAGCCCAGGGAGAUGAUUGAUCUUGAGGCCACCUUCGAGAAAUUGGAAAACGAACUCCGCGAAGUGAACCAGAACGCCGAAGCAUUGAAGAGAAACUACCUCGAGCUCACUGAACUCAAGCACAUACUCAGAAAGACGCAAGUUUUCUUCGACGAGCACGAGGGCGGGGCCAGUACGACUGAGUCCAUGACACGCGCUCUCAUAUCCGACGAUCCGAACAAACAUAUGGGCCAGGUCCAACUAGGUUUUCGGGACAAGCAAGAGUCCUUGGAAUUCCUGCCUUGUUUCGUCGCCGGCGUUAUCCUCAGGGAGCGAAUCCCGGCAUUCGAGAGGAUGCUAUGGAGGGCCUGCAGGGGAAAUGUGUUCUUGCGGCAGGCUGAGAUCGACACCCCGUUGGAGGAUCCUUCGUCGUCGGACCAAGUGUACAAGUCGGUGUUCAUCAUAUUCUUCCAAGGGGACCAGCUCAAGACGCGCGUAAAGAAGAUAUGCGAGGGUUUUCGUGCUACACUAUACCCUUGUCCUGAAGCACCAGCAGAUAGACGUGAAAUGGCUAUGGGUGUGAUGACGAGGAUCGAGGAUUUGAACACCGUGCUCGGACAAACGCAAGACCACAGGCACCGCGUUCUAGUAGCGGCCGCGAAGAACAUAAAGAAUUGGUUCGUCAAAGUGCGCAAGAUUAAGGCGAUCUACCACACAUUGAACCUGUUCAACUUGGAUGUGACCCAGAAGUGUUUGAUCGCAGAGUGCUGGGUGCCAGCGUUGGAUAUGGAGACGAUACAGCUGGCGCUGAGGAGGGGCACGGAACGCAGCGGCAGCUCAGUACCGCCUAUACUAAAUCGUAUGGAAACGCUAGAAGACCCGCCGACGUACAACCGCACCAACAAGUUCACAAGUGCGUUCCAGCAUUUGAUAUACGCGUACGGUGUGGCCACUUAUCGAGAGGUUAAUCCUGCGCCAUACACAAUAAUAACGUUCCCGUUCCUGUUCGCGGUGAUGUUCGGCGACCUCGGGCACGGCGCGCUGAUGGCCGCCUUCGGCUUCUGGAUGUGCUACAAGGAGAAACCGCUGCAGGCCAAGAAGAUUGACAGCGAGAUUUGGAACAUAUUCUUCGGCGGUCGCUACAUCAUCCUCCUCAUGGGUUUGUUCUCGAUGUACACGGGGCUGAUAUACAACGACAUAUUCAGCAAGAGUCUCAACAUUUUCGGCUCAUCAUGGCGGAACAACUACAACGUUAGCACGCUGAGAGACAAUAAAAUGCUACAGCUGAAUCCCGACUCGGAGGACUAUACACAGACGCCGUAUCCGUUUGGCAUCGAUCCUGUUUGGCAGUUGGCUGAAGCGAACAAAAUUAUCUUCAUGAACGCGUACAAAAUGAAAAUUUCGAUCAUCAUCGGCGUGUUCCACAUGUUGUUUGGUGUCUGUCUGUCCCUCUGGAACCAUGUGUACUUCAAGCGUCGCAUCAGCAUAUACGUGGAGUUCGUGCCGCAGAUAAUGUUCCUGACGCUGCUGUUCUUCUACAUGGUGCUGCUCAUGUUCAUCAAGUGGACCAGCUACGGGCCCAGCCCGGGCCACUUCGGGAGCGACGAUCCGGAGAUCGUGAAGUCCAGCGCAUACUGUGCCCCGUCGAUCCUGAUCACAUUUAUCAACAUGAUGCUGUUCAAAACGGAUUCGAACCCGCGGCCGCAGUGCGACGAGACCAUGUUCGCGGGACAACUCGUGUUCCAGAAGUUAUUCGUGAUCGUGGCCCUUAUGUGCGUGCCCGUCAUGUUGUUCGGCAAACCCUACUUCAUCAUGAAGGAGCAGAAGGAGAGAGCCACGCAAGGCGCCCAACCACUUGAAGCAGCCGCUGAAAAUGGCAGCGCCGGCGGGGCUCCCGUACCGGCUCCACAUCACGAUGAGGACAUCACUGAGGUCUUCAUUCACCAGGCGAUCCACACGAUCGAGUUCGUGCUAGGAAGCGUGUCACAUACAGCUUCGUACCUGCGGCUUUGGGCGCUGUCGCUUGCGCACGCACAACUCGCUGAGGUCGCCUGGAACAUGCUGCUGAGGAAGGGCCUGAUGUCUCUGGGGUACGAGGGCGGCGUGUUCCUGUACGUGGUGUUCGCGGGCUGGGCCGCCAUCUCCGUGUCCAUCCUCGUGCUCAUGGAGGGGCUCUCCGCCUUCCUGCACACGCUGCGCUUGCACUGGGUGGAGUUCCAGAGCAAGUUCUAUUCCGGUGAAGGUUACUUGUUCCAACCGUUCUCGUUCGAAGUGAUACUCGACUCGGCCGGACAGACCGAGGAGUAAAUGUUAUAGUUGCGGCAUUUAGCGGAGUUAGAUCAACUUUACUUUAGUAAUUUUACUUUGGUUUUUUCUUUCGUUAAAAUGUGAAUAUGAGCAAAAAAAUUAGGGAAAUUAAAAAAAAAAUUCUCACUUAUAAAGCAGUUAUAACUGUUUGCUUAAUAAUAAACUUUAUUUUCUACUGUUGUAUUCUUUCUCUUCUGUACUUUUUUUCUAAUACUUUCUGUUAAAAUGUACUAAUGUCCUUUAAUUUAAAAUAAAAUAUUAAAGUAAAGUUGAUUCAAGCGUAGGAAUUACUGCUUUAUGGCAUUAGGAAGUUAUUUAUUCCUAUAUAAUAAAUGUUACAUGUUCUUAAAGUGAAGUUUUAUCUGAAUUGUAUGUCCUUCCCUAUUUCAACUAGAUUUGAAACUUUUCAAAUUUAAUAAAUAUUCAAUGUAUUUAAAAUAUAUGUACCUCUCUUUCUCUAUAUAGUAUUGCAUGUGUUAGAAAGAGAUAAAUGUAGUUUAAAAAUUAAAAUGCACUCAUGUUUCUAUUGUUCUUAGUAAAAAGUAUUUUUUUGUAUCUAUCGUGAGAUUUUACCCAAUGUUUCUUUAUUUUUAAUCAAUUUUUAUAACAUUUUUAUAAGUGUACUUAAAUCUGAUUUUUGAACCCGAGGCUCUCUUACAUAGUUAUAUCAUUCCAGUAGAAUUCAGUGAAUAUAUAAUCGAUGUUAAUCAGCUUUUAUUAGGGAAAUGUUGAAUCAGAAAUAAAUAUUAUUUGUAGCUA